AUGUUAACUUUUAAAGUUAUUUUACCAGAUUAAUCAGAAGCUCAAUAUCAAAUAUCUAAAACUUCAAGUGUUAAAUAAUUUGUCUAAUUCUUAAAGGAAUAGAAUAAUGAUAAAGAUUGGAAUAAAUAUGAAUUAGAGUUAUAUUUAUUUGAUUAAUGUUUAAAUCAAGAUGGAUAAGUAGAUAAAAUUAUAUGUAGUCCAUAAAAUGAUUACUUAACUUUGAAAGUAAAAAAAGGGGAAAGAAUUAAAAGAUUAUAAACAUUUUUUACUUCUGCUUUGGAGAAAAUGCAAAAGAAAACUAAAGCUGAUAUGACAGGUCUUUAGAAGGCUUUAAAGAAGAGUUCAACUAUAUAAGAUAUACCAUAAUAAACAGAAAAAAAGAAUAUAAAAAAGUUAUUGUCCUUUUUUGUAAGUGCUUCUCAUAAAAUUGCUGAAAUGUCAAGAUAAAAAACAUUAAAUUUUACUGAAAAAGUUUAAUAAAAUGAAAAAGUCAAACAUAUGGCUUAUAGUUAGGAUCCAAGUAGAAUAAAUUAAGAAGAGGAUCCAUUAAAAAAUAACAAUGAUACUGUACUGGGUUUAUUAGAUCAUUUAGAAAAACCAAACAAUUAAAAUUUUUAUCAUAAAAAUAAUGAUACAUAGAUAAAACCUAAAUCUUUAAGUCCAGAAGCAAGAAAAUACUUAGAGAGAAAGAAGAAAGCCAUAGAGAAUUUAAAUGAUCCUAAUUAAUAAGCAAAAGCUAAAUAAUUAGUUGCUGAAUUGAAAAGACAAAGAAAAGAAUUAGAAAAUAGAAGGACUAAAUAAUUAAACAAUGAAUCAGAUUAAUUGGAGGAAAGCAUCGAAAAAUAUAAAAUAGAAAGAGAACAAUACAAAGAAUAUCUUAAUUAAGAAAAACGAAUGAAAAUUUAAGAAAGAUUAUUAGAAAUGUAGAAAAAUCAAGAAAUAUAAUAAUAAAGAAAUUAUGAAUAAAAAAAUCUUAUUUAGGAAUUGAAAAAUAAGGAAAGGGAGAAAAAGAAACUAUUAGAAGAAAAAGAAGAAAUUUUAAAAAAAUAAUAUUAUGAAGAUGCAAAAGUAAUUUAUAUUGUAUUAAUUAAAGCUAAAAUUAUAACAAAGAAAAAAAUUAGCUAUUCCUAUCAGAUUGGAAGAAAUUAAUAAGCAUGAAGAAGAUUAUUUAAAUAAGAAGCAGUUACUCAAAUUGGAAAAGGAUUAAAAAAAAAUAGAAAGGGAAAUUGUAAUACAAUAAGAAACUAAAUAAAUAUAUAAAGCUAAAUAAAUUUUAUAAAAAGUUAUGGAUGGAGAUUAGAAAAUCAAAAACAAAGAAAUUGUUGAAAAAUAAUAAAAAGCUGAAAAAAUAUUAAGAAAAUAGAAAUAUGCCGAAAUAGUUAAAGAAUAUCAUAAGCCAAACAUAAAAAUUUAAACAGACAUUUAAUUUAGUAGAGCAAAUAAAUCAGAUAAUUCAAUUUAAGAAGAAUAUAUUGAGUAUGAAAUUUAAUCGUUUAAUUAGUUUUUUAAAAGAAGGAGAAGGUAAAUCAAGCUCAACAAAAGUAGACUCAAUUCGUAAUAGAUUGUAUAGAUAAGCAUAAUAAGGAUCAGGUAUUUUAGUUAAUAAUAGUAGAAAAGAAUGUACAUAAAAUUUAAAAUGUUUUAAAUUUAUAAAAAGUAAACAAAACGAGAGUGACAGAAUCCUUGUAAAGAGGUUUUGUACCAAAUCCUUCCCUUUAUUAUUAGCCUAAAGGAAUGAAGAGUGAAGUUUAAGUUGAAGAAUAAUAAAAGAAAAAACCAAUAAAUUAUUUAAAAGAAUUAGAAAAAGAAAGAAAGAAUUAAUAAGGAAAAGUAGGACAGUAAAAAAGUCUUAGUGUUCCUAGAUUGCAAUAAGAUUAUAAAUCAAUAAUAGAAAGAGGUAAACGAUAUGAGAAAGAAGCAUAACGUAAAGAACAUGAGGCAUUCUAUAAAAAUAAUGAGACAUUAAAGGAAGAAGCAGACGAUUUAUUUUUAAAAAGUGUCUAAGAAAAAAUAAGAUUCUUGGAGAAAAUUUGA